AUGGCCAGCAUUAGUACCAGUGGUAAUAGCACAACUAGUCCGCGACGUCAGCGUUAUGGCCGUUCUUCGACAUCCAGUGUGACUCAGUUGUUGUCGGACGGCUAUUCCAGCAUCAUCAAUAGGUUGACGCGGCGAGGACCUUCGGAGAAAAGUGACGCCGUCACCGAUUCUAAACUGACCGCCGCUCGGAAUCGUUACGAUGAUAAAUUACUAGCAAACAAAAACCCGAUCCUUAACAAUAUUCGGCGUUACGAUAACAAUAGACGUAUCUCACCGUACACGUCUCUUACAUCUGGAUUGUCCGCGUCGACGAGAAAGUUGAAUGACGAACGAGCAUACUCGAGUUACUUGGCCGCGACAAAGUCCAGAAUCGAUACAUCACCUUUGCAUUCAACCUCCAGUAUGAGCGCUCUCAGCCGCAGUGACUCAUUUCGCAAAGCGCACAUGAAAGAUAAUCAGUCUUCACCGUUCACCAAACGAUACCCUCUCAAAGAAGCGAAUAAUAACAAUGUAGACACUACACUCAUGCUUGGCAGUACUCGUAGCCGUCUAGAAGAUAAAUAUUCCUCAGUACUAGAUAAAAUUGCAAUACAGAAAAAAGAAAGAGCUCGCAAGGAAAAGGAAGAUCGUGAUAAAACUUUAGAACCCGAACCGGUCAUACCACGAGGUUUGAUGAGGAGCUUAACAACUGCUGUGUUUGGUGAAAAUUCAUUUAAAAGAAAUAUUUAUUCACGUGAAAAAACAAGGGAUAAAACACCUUUCCGGAAUACGACUGACCGCCGCUUAUCAUCUGGGCAUAAACAUAGCGAUAGAAACGAGUACAAAAACGGCUUUGAUAUUUCUGUAAGAGAUCGUCCAAACUUCGGAAAAGAUAGAGACAGUGUUUACCGUCGACAUCAAAGGAGAUCGCACAGAGCUGAAAAAAGUGAUGAAGGAAAAUGUGGCAAACUAUCGCUUCGCCCCGUGGAUAUAAACAUACAGCCGGGAGCUCGCGAUCUAAUUUCGCCUGCGCAGCAAGGUCUCAGGGACUCAAAACUACAGAUUGCGAAAUCUCCAGCGACAUCCCUUGUUAAGGAAACGGGCAGGCAGAAGCAGAUCUACUUCCCAUCCAGCGACGAAGACGACGACAAAACGCCCGUUGGUGAUCGCGUGCUGACAGAACGUGAAACAAGACGCAAAGAAAUUCAAAGUCUGAUAAUGAAAUACGCGCACUUGGACGAAGUAUACGGUCGCAUUACUGAGAAAGAAACGAAUGGCUUAACAAACGUUCCUAGCAUCACUCGGAAGCCAGAACCAAUAGGCGUGGGCGAUGUGGUAGUGUUACCGCCUGAACUUCGAGCGCGGCAUCGGCCCCAAAGACCUCGCCACCUGAUGCGGCGAGCGGCGACGCCGCCUAGCUCCCGGGCACGCUCCUCCGUCAAGGACGACAAGGACGGACACCUGGUGUACUGGCCCGGCUAUGUCAUGGGAGCGAGAUAUAAAAUCAUCGACACGCUUGGCGAGGGCACGUUCGGGAAGGUGGUCGAGGUGAAGGACUUGGAAAUGGAGCAUAGAAUGGCUCUGAAAAUAAUUAAAAAUGUUGAAAAAUACAGAGAGGCUGCAAAAUUAGAAAUUAAUGUAUUAGAAAAGUUGGCAGAAGUUGAUCCAGACUGUAAACAUUUGUGUGUAAAAAUGUUGGACUGGUUUGAAUAUCAUGGUCACAUGUGCAUCGCAUUUGAAAUGCUCGGACAAAGCGUAUUUGAUUUUCUGAAAGACAACAACUACCAGCCAUACCCAUUGGAGCAAGUGCGGCACAUCUCCUACCAGUUGAUAUAUAGUGUGCUGUUCCUGCAUGAGAACAAACUUACCCACACAGAUCUCAAGCCGGAGAACAUAUUGUUUGUAGAUAGUGAUUACGAGGUGGUCAGUGUAUAUAAUAGUUCUAAGAAGACACAUGAUUUGCUGCGCGUGAAACGCAGCGAUGUGAGGCUCAUCGACUUCGGCAGCGCCACGUUCGACCAUGAGCACCACAGCACCAUCGUUUCCACCAGGCAUUACCGAGCGCCUGAAGUCAUAUUGGAACUGGGUUGGUCACAGCCAUGUGACGUAUGGUCCAUUGGCUGCAUCAUGUUCGAGUUGCAUCUCGGCAUCACGCUGUUCCAGACACACGACAACCGCGAGCACCUCGCCAUGAUGGAGAGGAUCCUUGGUCCCAUUCCAUACAGGAUGGCAAGAAAGACAAGAACAAAAUACUUCUACCACGGCAAAUUAGACUGGGACGAAAAAUCGUCGGCUGGCAGAUAUGUUAGAGAAAAUUGCAAACCACUAUUGAGGUACAUGCAGAGCAACAGCGAGGAGCACCGGCAGCUGUUCGAGCUGAUCGCGCGCAUGCUGGAGUACGAGCCCUCGCAGCGCAUCACGCUGCGCGACGCGCUCGCGCACCCCUUCUUCAGCAAGCUGCCGCCGCACCACAGGCUCGGCAGUGACCGCGCGCGGUGCAACGGCGAGAGCUCGCGCGAGCGCUCGCACUCGCUGAGCAGGUGA